GAGACACGGGUGAAAAAAUAUUUUGUAUGGUGAUAUGUAAUUACAAUGAAGUAAAAUCUAGCUACACUUAUAUCUUUUCUAUACCUACGCGUUCGUCACGAAGUACACGAAAGUAUUUAUGUCGUAAAACGAUCAGACGAUUUUUAACCCUAAUGUCAACAAAAUGUAUUACAGCCUUCUAUAAGUGCACAUUGCUUACACAGAAUAUAGAGAUACGUUAGCCAGAACACGAAACGGAUAAUUAAACGCAAAAAUUUCAUACAAAGAGUCAAAUGUAUGUCAAAUUUAACACUAUUUCGGGUUCAUUUGUUAUCAACUAGCCAAAUUAACCUGAUAAUUUCCUGGAAUAGUUCACCGAUAUACUUUUUUUCAUCUUAUAAAUUCGGUUAUUUAACAAGCACAUGAAAAUCGCGUGCUACGUUUCACACACGAACAUCCGUUGAUAUUAAAGUACUUAAGUACCUACUUUUCGAGAGAAAUGGAGAAGUAUAGAUUUUGGUUUUCGAAACGUUUCUUCGUCGGUAUAUUGGCUUUUAUCGGCGAAAUGAAUAUAUUUGCUUUGAAAGCCAAUCUGAAUAUAGCUAUUCUCGAUAUGACAACUGCGAAAGAAAUCGAUAUGGGUAACUCGACGAUCACUCAGAGUCCAGAAUUCAACUGGGAUUCCAAAACUAAAGGGUUCGUUUUAGGCGUGAGUGAUUUUGGGCUGUUGUUGUCACCAAUUGGAGGAUACCUCGCUAUGAGAUUCGGAGGCUCGACUGUGCUCAGCAUCAGCAACUUGAUUAUAUCCAUCUUGACCAUUUUAACUCCGCUGAUAAUUCGUUUCAGUUUCCAUCUUUUCAUCGUCGAUCGAAUAAUAGAAGGAAUAACUCAGGGAUUUAGGUUCGUCAGUUUCGCCGAAUUAUGGAGCCAAUGGUCACCAAACAGAGACCGAUCCAAACUUAUGGCUUUAACGUUAACAGGGCUAUACGCUGGACCAGCCAUAGUGUAUCCCAUCUUCGGAAUCGUAACCCACAAAUACGGUUGGCCGGCAACUUUUUACUUUUCUGGUGGGCUUUCCUUACUAUGGUCCGCGAUAUGGAUUCCUCUGGUGCCCAAUAGUCCUGAAUCAGAUCGAUGGAUAUCCAAAGAGGAGCUCAGUUAUAUCCAACGAGAUCCGAAACAAUCCAGACCAAAAAAUAUGAAAGCAAUGUGGAAAAGCAUGAUGCUGAGUAAACCUGUCUAUGCUUUGGGGUUGGUAGAGAUGCUUCACACUUAUGGAUAUACAGUAACUGUUGUCUGCUUGCCAAUGUACAUUCAAGACCUUACUGGAAACAAAAUCGAUAAAGUAGGAAUAUAUUCAGCCAUACCCACCACCAUAAAUAUCCUUACAAUGCCUUUAACUGGUUAUGUACUAGAUUACUUGAAGAAUACUAAUCUUAUGACUACUACUCAGAUGCACAAAUUAUUUACAUGCGGCGCAUUGGGCUCUGGAGGCAUCUUACUGCUUGUAAUGGCAUAUUUACCCUACAAUUUCACAAUUGUAAUGACGUGUUUGAUUCUACUGAAGUUGGCCGUAUCUAUGAUUGAAGUGGUAUGCAACUUAAACGUCCUAGCAUUGGCGCCAAAAUGUUCCAGCGUUCUGUCUAGUUUUAUGGCAUUAUUCUACAUGCUGGGUUCAGCCUCCGGUCCACUCGUAGUAGCUUUUAUAGUAACUGAUCACAGUCCCUCGCAAUGGAAUUUGAGUUUUAUUGCGUUUGCAGUGAUCUUAUGCACUGGAGCUGUAUUUUAUCUGAUAUUUGGAUCUGGUGAAACACAACCGUGGGCUUUUUCAACCGACGAAGAAAGCAAGAAAUGUGAUCAAUGGCAAAAAGAUUUAUCGAAUACGCAGACGACCUGAACUUUACUUUUUUUUUUUUUUUUGAACAAUAAAUCUUCGCCUGAAA